AUGUCGUUCAUUCCUACCACUUUAUACUAUGCUUCUGCUGCAAUAAAUGCCAUCUCGAUACCGGGUCAUAUCAUGUUUGGCAUUAAAGAAGUCGACCCUGCAGUGGCUAAGAUUUCAUCCGAUGCCAAACACGCUCUUGGUAAAGCCACUGCAACAACCGCUUGGGACAUGGUCAACGGUCUUUUGGCUGUUUCUGCCCUUUUAAAUAUCCAAUGGGCAAGGAUUAGGGGCGUGAAGACCCUGGAAGAGCAAUUGAUUAUUUGGAGUACAGUCCUUGCAGGAAUCGUAACCGGAUGGGGAUACUUCAAGGUCAGAUCUUACAUUGGCCUCGGCUGCUUGUGGGUUACUCCUUGGAUGACCUUGGGCGCAAUGGUCUAUCAGCGUGGUUUGAAGCCGUGA